AUGCGUGGCUAUUUUGGACAGGCAGUGUUGCCGCAUUACGACUACAUAAUGUUCAUGAAUGGUCACUCAAUUGACAUGUUUGCGGUCGGGACACAGCUGGUCACCUGCCAGAAACAAUCGGCCCUGGGUUGCGUUUGCAAAUUGGUGGAGAUCAACGGCAUCCCCACGGCAAAACUCAGUGAGAAUGUGCAUAAAAUGAACAUCCCAGGACGGAAACUCGCCUACCGCUUGUUUGACAGAAAGGGUGUGGCCUUGCUGGAUCUUAUGCAAGCUGCGGACGAAAAGGAACCAACUGUUGGAGAACGUAUUCUCUGUCGAAGUGCUUAUCAUUCUGCGAAAUCUGUCGAGAUCAUUCCGUCCGCGAUCCGAAAGUUGCACAUGGUCGUCUGGAAGGACGGAAAAGUGGCCUGCAACUUGCCCAGUCUUGAAGAGAUACGACGCCGUGUAAAGAAGAGCCUUGCCGAACUCAGACCCGAUCACCGACGUCAACUCAAUCCAACACCGUACAAAGUCUCAUUGUCAGAGUCACAGUACCGUCUGACGCAGGCCAUUUGGACCAGUUUGGCGUCAGGGCUGGUGCUCAGCUAG